AUGCCUGACAUGCUGAUCCCCACAAUCAUCAACGACCCCUCCAAGGUGCAGCUGUCCCGCAUCGCCCACGUCUACUUUGAACACCCAGACUUGGAGAAAUUCGACAGAUUCGCAGAUGAUUUCGGCUUUGUCAAAGAAGCUCAAAUUGGAGACACCAUUUACUAUCGUGGUUACGGUAUAGAUCCAUUUGUUUAUGUUGCAACCAAGAGUAAAGAUGGAAAGCAGAGAUUCAUGGGGCCAGCUUUUGUCGCUGCUUCUGAGGAGGAGUUUGAGAAGGCAGCUGCCCUUGAAGGAGCUGAGCGAGUUUCUCUGGAGCAUGCACCUGGUGGGGGGAGGAUGAUCAAGUUCAGUCGACAGGAUAACACAUUCUUUCAUGUUGUGUAUGGUCAAGAAGAGAGAAAGAUUGGCUCUGAAGAGCCGACUGCAACACAUGAGCAGCAGGGACCAUACAACAAACCCUUCACAAAGCCAAGACGAGGAAAAUACCAACGAUAUCACCCUGGCCCAGCUCUCGUCCACAAACUCGGCCAUUUCGGCUACGUCGUUCCCGACUUUGACAACGAGUUAGCAUGGUACACAAACAACUUCAACUUUGUCCCCUCAGAUAUCCUGUACCACUGGGACUUCUCCAACAUGGACGUGCUGACGUUCAUGCACCUGGAUCUCGGUGAUGAGUAUUCCGACCAUCACUGCUUCUUCAUGCAGAGAGCUGAACCCCAUGUCAAGAAGAUAUACUGCCACCAUACCUCGUUCGAAGUGGCAGAUUUCGAUACUCAGCUCCUUGGACACGAGUAUCUAGCUAGCAAAGGCUGGAAGAGUGUCUGGGGUGUCGGACGACAUGUUUUGGGCAGCCAGAUCUUUGACUAUUGGGCUGACCCUAGCGGCUUCAAGAUUGAGCAUUAUGCGGAUGGCGAUGUCGUUAAUCGGGCGACAGGUACCAAUAGAGACGUCGUUGGACCAUUCUCGGUUUGGGGUCCAGAAGUACCCAAGGACUUUGGAGAGAAGGGGGCAUGA